AUGGAAAAAGAGCUGAGAUUAUUAAGAAGGCAACUUAGUAUGACACAAAAUCAUUUAUUAGCUGCAAUGAAGACGUCACUGUUUCCGGUUUCACCAACUGAUUCACCACAGUUAUUACCAGAGACUCCGGCGCCUUGCUCUUCUCAAAAAGUUAAAGACACGAUAGAUAAAUGCGAAGUGAUUGAAGUCGGAAUCGUGUGUGCUGGUUAUAAUUCUACACGUUCAGUAGUAACGCUAAUCAAAUCAAUACUAUUUUAUCGUAAAAACCCAUUAAGAUUUCAUUUCGUCGUUGAUGUUAUAUCAAGAAAAAUUUUAAAAACUUUGUUCGAUACUUGGAAAAUACCCCAAUUGGAAAUAGAGUUUUAUCCAGCUGAAAAAAUAAUAUCCGAUGUUUCUUGGAUAAAUAAUAAGCAUUAUUCUGGGGUCUAUGGUUUGAUGAAACUAUGCUUAACUCAAGUAUUUCCAGACACGUUGAAACAGGUCCUUGUUUUGGAUACAGAUAUUACUUUCGCAACGGAUAUUGCUCAGUUGUGGUCCAUGUUAAAAAGUUUUAAAAAAGGACAAGCUUUAGGGUUGGUCGAGAAUCAAAGCGAUUGGUAUCUUGGCAAACUAUGGAAAAAACAUAAGCCAUGGCCUGCGCUCGGCCGAGGUUACAACACGGGUGUGAUAUUGAUGGACUUACGAAAAUUACGUUUAAUUGGAUGGAACGGAUUAUGGAGAUCUGUGGCAGUAAAAACUCUAGUGACACAUUACUGGACCAGUCUGGCUGAUCAAGACAUUUUUAACACGAUUAUUAAAGAACGGCCGGAACUUCUAUACCCCAUGCCAUGCCAAUGGAAUGUCCAACUCAGCGACAAUACUAGGAGUGAACUGUGUUACGCUGAAGUUAUCGAGCUAAAGAUUAUUCAUUGGAAUUCACCCAAAAAGCUAAAAGUUAAAAACAAACAUGUUGAAUUUUUUCGAAAUUUAUAUCUUACUUUCCUGGAGUACGAUGGAAACUUGCUUCAGAGAGAAUUAUUUGGUUGUAAUUAUUCAUCUACUAUUCAAGAUGUACCGGAAAUUAGUGAAGAUGAUCUUUGUUACGAGUUCAGAAGAGCUGGCAUGGCUAGUCUAAGGACUCACUUAUAUUUUUUAGAUUUCGAAUACCAGUCAUCACCAGACGAAUGUGACAUUACACUGGUCGCCCAGCUAUCGAUGGAUAGACUCCAAAUGGUUGAAAUGUUAUGCGAGUAUUGGGAUGGUCCAAUAAGUUUAAGUCUUUAUAUGUCCGAUGCUGAAGCUCAACAGUUUUUGAGCUACGCUCAAAAUUCUGAAGUGCUAAGGAAUCGUAAAAAUAUUGGAUACCACGUAGUUUAUAAGGAAGGGGACUUUUACCCUAUAAAUUUACUGAGGAAUGUUGCUUUGGAAAAUGUCGUAACACCCUAUGUAUUCUUAUCUGACAUCGAUUUCUUGCCAAUGAGCGGCCUAUACUCGUAUUUGAAAAAGUACAUAUUUAUAAUGAACAUCAAGUCUUCCGAUAAAGCGUUAGUCGUACCUGCCUUUGAAACUCAAAGAUAUAGAACUGCAUUUCCGCAAACAAAAGCCGAUAUACUGAGAAUGUUGGACGACGGAGCAUUAUUCUCAUUUAGAUAUCAUGUGUGGCCAAAAGGGCACGCGGCAACAAAUUACGCCAAAUGGAAAGGAUCUACUGUUCCGUACAAAGUAUCAUGGGAACCAGAUUAUGAACCCUAUGUAGUGGUACGCAGUGAUGUUCCAAGAUAUGAUACCAGAUUUGUGGGUUUCGGCUGGAACAAAGUGUCGCAUAUCAUGGAACUCGAGGCUCGAGGGUACACUUUUAUUGUUCUUCCAAAUGCGUUUAUAAUUCAUAUGCCUCACGCACCGAGUUUUGAUAUUGCCAAAUUUCGAGGGUCAUCUCAAUAUAGAAGAUGUUUAAAAAUUCUGAAGAACGAGUUCAUAGAAGACUUACGCAUAAGAUAUUCAAAACGAUUGAAUCACACCGAGAGUUAA